UAGAGGAGAGCAGGUAGCCAGAGAAACGAAAGAGGAGGGAGGGAGGUAGCCAGUUGCGCACCAAAUGAGCUCAAGCUCAUCAUCAUCUACAGCAGAGCGCAUCUCUGAUCACACACACACACACGCGCGCACACGGUAGCCUGCUGCAGCCGUAAGAAAACAGAUCCAGAGGAGCACGCGAGAAGUCACAUAAAGAGAGAGAGGCGGAGAGACUGAGGAGAGAGGCAGACAUCUGCAGAUAGAGAUGUCAGGCGUUGUGGUGUCUCUGUGUCUGCUAGCGGUCUUUGUGCUGCUGUGUGAGCUGAGCAGGAGAAUCUUAACCAAGCUACUAGCUCCCAGAGGGCUGUGUCUGUCUGCUGUUUACGCAGUGGAGCUGGUCUCUACGCUGCAGCUGUGUAUCUGCAACCUAGAGCUGCGUCUAUUGGGGGAGGUGGGCCGGCUGCAGCCUCAGUUCUGUCUCAGCCUCACAUACCUGGCAUCUGUGGUCCAUGGCCUCACCUUCCAUGGAGCCCUGGGGAACCCCUGUAGCACGCUGGAAUACACCUACCGGGGACGCCUCACUGCCAGGAGCGGCGUGCUGAGGAUGGUGUGCCAGUUCAUGGCAGCAAGCGUGGCUCGUACCAUGCUACAGGGGCUGUGGGCCCUCGGUCUCUCUGACCUGCACCUGAGACACACACUCCAGGGCUUCCAAUGCAUUAGCCCCAUCCACACAGACACACACACCAGCCUGGUGCUCCCCGGCCCUCUGGUCACCGCUGCAGCUGUGGAGCUGGCAGGGGCCUUUGUCAUGCAAACCGCCUUCACACACACACACACUAUGGACCAGAGGUACCGGGUACAUGCCAUAGCAGCACUCACCGCUACCUUGACCUAUGCAGGUGGCAAGAUGACCGGGGCUGUGUUUAACCCUGCGUUGGCCCUCUCCACCCAGUUCUCCUGCAGUGGGCACUCCUUUCUGGAUUACUGCCUGGUCUACUGGCUGGCUCCUCUAUUAGGUAUGAUGUGUUCGGUCCUGUUGUUUGAUCAGAUGUUGUCUGGUAGAGCUGAUCCCUACCGCUCCCUUCUGGCUAACAAGAGGAAAUGACCCUGGGUCAUUUUCAUUAGUGCACAUGUAGCAAAACCGUUUUGUAACAGAAUACAUUUAACUACAUUUAACUAACUUUUAGACAAGUUCAGGUAGUUCCUCCCCUUUUCGGUUAGUUUUCUUCUGUCUGGUGUCUACGGCCCUGGACCCACCAUCAAUCCCUAUGAACCGAAGACCCUGAUGCAUAGUGACCUCUUUAAAACUAAGCACAUUCAAACAAAAAAAAGACUAUAUAUUGAGAUGUUUUUUUAUCUAGUAUGAUUUGUGCAGUGGUGGCUGGUGGCACUUAACAAUUGGUCUGGAACGUAAUGAACCAUUUAAUUUACUCGAAUCCAGACAUUUUUAUGAGCUAUCUUCCUCUGGAUUGAUGUAAAAAAAAAGAUUUCUGUAGUUAGUAGUGUUAGUAGCAUAUUUAAAACUAUUUGAGAUAGUAUUUUAUGUACAGUUCUUCAAUAGAUAUGCCUAUGGUCAACUUGAGGAGUAUUGUCAACCUUUCCAAGUCACCCCGUUCCUCCGCAGUCCACACACUCCACUGGCUUCCAGUCAAAGCUCACAUCUACUACAAGACCAUGGUACUUGCCUACGGAACAGUAACAGGAACUGCCCCUCCAAUCUACCUUCAGGCUCUGCACAAAUCCUACACCCCAACCCGAGCACUCUGUUCUGCCACCUCUGGUCUCUUGACCUUCCCCCACACCUAUGGGAGGGAAGCUCCCGCUCAGCCCAGUCCCAGCUCUCCUCUGUCCUGGCACCCCAAUGGUGGAACCAGCUAGAACAGCAGAGUCCCUGCCCAUCUACAAAAACAUCUGAAAACCUACCUCUUCAAAGAGUAUCUUAAAUAAGUCCACAGUAUCCCCCCCCCCCACACACACACACAAAAGUAUUUUGUGAACUAACACUCACACUUUACUUUUCCCCCUUACUAGCUGUGACUUGGCUGAAAGCUACUUUGAGGAAAAACAUGCUUGCUAUUACUGUGAUAUGUGGUUGUCUCACCUAGCCAUCUUAAAAUUAAUGCACUAUAAGUCACUCUGGAUAAGAGUCUGCUAAAUGACAAAAAUGUAAUUUAAAUGUAUGCAAACUGGGUCAGACCUAGGUGAAUGAUAAAAAAAGGUGCUCUGACAAUAGUUUUGAUGAUUUAAGUUGGUGAAAUUAACAGUUAAAAUGGUCAGAGUUGAGUUGCUUUUCCAAUCCUUAAGCUGUGAGUGAGUGUAGCUCCGGUGGCCUGCUACACCAGACACUUAACUUUUGCAGAUCAAGAGUUGCUCCUAUUUAUUUAAAUGAAACAUGGACGUAAACGCUCUGUGAGAGGCUUGCGCUGCUCAGCGUAAAAUGACGCUCUGGCUCAAUUUUUAUGAUUGACACAGCUUGUUCCCAAGGCCAAUAGUUUUAAUUGGCUCUCGCUCUGCUCGCGCUGCUAAAAGCUUGAGCAUAGCAAAUAAGAAACCUUGGUUUCUGUGGCCACGGGUGGUCUAGUGCAGUGGUCCCAAACUUUUCAAAACAAUAUCUAUGGGCUAAAAAAAUCCAAAUUUAAAAAAGGAACUGAUGCAGAGGUGCCGUCAGGGAUUUUGGGCCCCAUGAAAAGAUAUCACAUUGGGCCACACCACCACAGGCCAUACCAACCCUGCGCAAUUGCUGUAGCCACACACCUCCAGAACCCAAUCGUCCCAUUCAAAGCUUUAAAUAACUCUAGCUUUGCAGGUUUGCAACUCUCUUGUAGUCCAAUAUUUAUUGACAGUGAGCUGUGAAAAUAUAACACUGUGCAGACAUGCAUGCAACAUUCUGCAUACAGUGGAAUUCACUAUUUGAUGCAAGACUGAUACCCUCUAUAAGAAAUGUGCUAAAGGCCAUCAUCUUUUACAGUCAACAUGUCAUUUUAAUGGUAAAAUUCUUGAAUGGAGAAUUCUCUUAACAUUAAUGAAUAACUUAAAAUAAAUAUAACUUAAAUAUACAUUAACCUCUUCAAUUAAAAUAAAUUAACAUUAUCACCUAUAGAAUGAUAUAACAAACAAAAUAAUAAAAUCAGAAGUAUAUUUUUUAAACUGUUUUCAGUCUGUUCUCAGCCUGUGGGCAUCAUGUGUGUAGUGAUCCAAUAUCCAUAGCCAUGCCAUUUAAGAGUUAUCACUGGACCAUGCUCAGCGUUACUCACCAAGAGCCCAGCGCCGAGCCUUUUUGCUGGCAAAGUCACUGAUCAAGUCUUUGAUAUCCAGUUUUCUAGCUAAUUGACUUUCAAUGGACAGAGGGGCAAGACUGCAAAGCCUGUCCUGGGACAUAGUGGACCUCAAAUCGUUUUUAGCUUACUGAAAGCUCUCUCGCCACCAGCAAUAGUAAUAGGCUGUGUGCAAAAUAUACGUAAAGCAAUGCACACUUCUCCAAAAAUGCUUUGCAGCUGCAUCUUACAAAUUGCAUUCGGGAGACCAAGAGGGGCAGGUUAGGGGGGAAAGUGGCAGCAUAUACAGUGUUCAGGUGUCAGGAGACCAAGAGGGGACAAGUUAGGGGGGAAAGUGGCAGCAUUUACAG